AUGCUAGAAAAAGAAGGAAAACCAAAGAAAGCAAGUACAUAUCCUUUCUCCAAAAGAGCUUCUCAGAAGGACGCACUGACAAGUCAUAUCAAGGCAGAAGUCACCAGAAGUGUAGGACUCAUUUAUGUUGAUGGACAGCCGGAAGGAACGGGGUUCCGUGUGGGAGAAAAGUACAUCAUGACUUGUCUGCAUGUCAUCAAAAAGAUAAUCAUGGGUCCCCUAGAUUUUAUCAGUUGUGAGAGAGUUUACAUACAGUUUGGGAGGAUGCUCCACCUUCAAAACACUGACCAAAGCAAAAUAUUCCAAUUUGAGCCGAGCGUUGUAUACAAGCAUGAAGGAUUUGAUGUUGCUGUGUUGGAAUUAAAGAAAGGUGAAAUCGACUUCCCCCCACCUUUAACUUUGUUUAGUGCAGAUUGCCUUCCCUCUGAAGAGGUUCACCUUAUCGGCCAUCCAGGUGGUGUUCAAAUGAAGGAGGACAGUGACGUAUAUCUAAAUGUUAUUGAACCAAACAAUGAUGUUGACAAAUAUAUCAAGGAGCUUAGUGAGUGGAGUAUAGAUUAUUUUAUGAACAAUGAAGAUUAUUACUCUGGAUUGCGUGAAUUACCGAGGAAAAUUCUAUUUCACACAACAUUUGACAAGGGAUCAUCAGGGUCCCCUGGCAUUUUGAUUAGGAAUCACAAACCCUGUGUUGUACUCAUUGUGGCUGGUGGGGUUCCUUCAGUUUAUUAUGAAGAUGGGAUAUAUGUGGAACCGGAGAAGCGGGUUGAGUUUGGAUAUGCGUUGAGAGAUGUAUAUGAUGAAAUGCAGACAAAUGAAAUAAACAAAAAAAUUUCAUCAGAAAUUUUCAAAGAAUGGAUCUCUUAGAAUGUACACAUAGGUGUGUUUAAAGUUAAAAUGAAAUAAUCAUCAAAUGUGCCAUUUUUGCAAUUAUGUGUAACAAUAUUUUCUUAUUGAAAAUAGUUGAUUUUCUCUUUUUCCGAAAAGAAUCUAAAGCAUCCAACGUUUCAACAAAACUCUAUUUUACUUCAAUCGCUGGAAAGUUUCAAAGAAUAAUACCUUAAGAUUGUUUAAUAUGGACUAUGUAUAUUUCAAUUUUCGUUUAUGAUGUUGCAUUUGACCAGGCUUUAACGUUUGUGACAUAAAAAUAACAAUCAUACUUUUACUUGAAAUUUGUACUAAAGUCUUGUAAUGUGUAUUUUAAUGUAUUCCCAAUUUUGCCAAGAUUGUUGAAAGACCCUGGUUGUGGACGAAUAAUUUGGAGUUUGCUAAUGACUUAAAUCCUUGAAUAUUCUUUUGAUUUGUACAUAUACCAUUAUAGUGUAAUCAUUUUUACCAUUAUUUCCAUGCCUAUUCAUUUUUUUAAAAUAUUCAUGUAGUUAGAAUAUCCUCAUUUUUAACAUUUGGUGCAGUGCUUUAAGAUGUUUUAUUUGAUUUCCUCAAUAUUAAG